AUGUCUGUCGAGCGAUCGCCGUCGCCCGAAGGCAGUGAUAUUGUGGUUAUCGGUAGAGACGACACCAGCAAUUAUAAUUCUGGAAAUAUCUUACCACAAUCUGAAGCUACUAUUGCCCGUAUUCGCGAGUGGCUACAACCUACAGAAUACGAUAUUGAAAGCAGCGAAUAUCGCAAACAUUUGGCAUUCCAUCUCGAAGGUACUGGAGAAUGGAUUCAUAGAUCAGACAACUACCUCAAAUGGCAUGAGAGCCAAGAAGAUGGCCUCUUGUGGAUCAAAGGUGUUCCAGGCUCCGGAAAGUCUGUCGUUGCAGCCAGCAUGAUUCACAAACUCUCCCAAGAAAAAAUCCCUGUUCUUUACUUCUUCUUUCGACAAAUUGUUGAUGCCAAUCAUCGACCCAUCAACCUUCUCAGAGACUGGCUGGAUCAGAUUCUCGUCUGCUGCCCUCCAUUACAGGCUUCUUUAAAAGCUUAUGUUGACGAGGGUCGGGACCUGGAUAGUAUAUCUAUUGACGAGCUAUGGAGACACCUAAGAACGGCUCUGGCAUGUGUGCCCAAGGUCUAUUGUGUGGCAGAUGCUUUGGACGAAAUGGACCAUGGUAAUAGCGAAUUCAUCAACCAACUGGCUGAGCUUGGUGACUGGAAGCCUUCAUCUGUGAAGGUCUUGUUAACCAGCCGACCCACUUCUGGUGUUGAGGCCGCAAUGAGAGGCACGAGAUUUCUUCACAUCCGAAUGGACGAGAAGGCUGUGGAUGUCGAUAUCUCUUCUUACGUGGGAUACUGUCUAUCCGGCACUUCUCUUUCUGAAUGCGAUCAACAGCUUGUCAAGGAAGCGGUACCUGGCCGAGCCAACGGUCUGUUCCUCUACGCUAAGUUGGCCAUGAAAUCAUUUUUGGAGCCAGGAGCCGACAUUCAUGAGACAAUCCACAAGCUCCCACUUGACUUGGACGCUAUGUACAUCGGAAUUCUACGAGAACAUGCUCAGAGAUCGGGCAUUUCAGAGAACACACAGGUGUUGAUACUGCAAUGGGUGACUCACGCAACCCGUCCUCUUCGACUGCUAGAGCUUGCCGAUAUGCUCAAGACAGUCGGUGGAAGCAGAUUUUCAGAUGGCUUGAAAGAGAACAAGGAUCUGGUCCGGGUUGUGUGUGGCCCUCUCAUCGAGAUCUUACCAGACGAGACUGUAAGCGUUGUGCACCAUUCACUCACCGAGUUUUUGGUUGGGACAUCAAGAACAGUACAUACCCCUGUUUAUCCCAUAUUAGACUCCUCGCCAACUCACUACGAUCUUGCUCUCGCUUGCCUCCGAUAUCUUUGCGCUGGCUGCCUUCAAGAUAAAACUCCUACUCCGUCAGAAACUAUUCAUCGCGAACACCACCGCAACGUGGAUUUUCCGUUCGCAGCAUAUGCUAUAAAGAAUUGGCAUGUGCAUGCUGCAAAAUCUGAAUGGUAUUGCUUGCAAAAUGACUUAUUGUAUCAGCAAAUCGAACUGUUCUUGGGCAACAAGGAGACACGAAACAAUUGGCUGACAACAUACUUCGAUAUCCCUGAAAGAGUGAGGAUUGAAGAUGACAUCAUCUCCAUGUCGGAUCUCCAUGUCGCUGCAUUGUGUGGCCUCAAAGCGUGCAUCUCGACCCUGAUUGAUCGCCUGGGUCAGAAGAGCAUAGACGAGCAAGACGCAAGGAAGAGAACCCCCUUGUGGUGGGCUGCUUUCAGCGGUCACGCAGAUAUCGUUAAGCUGCUUCUAAACCGGGGGGCAUCGCCUAGUACUCAUGACAUUCAAGGCCUUCAGGCGUUGCAUAUAGCUGCAAAGAAGGAUAAAGCACAGGUUGUUCAGCUACUCAUUGAAAAGGGAAUAGCUCCUACAGUCCCAUGUCUCCUGACAGACACCGAGCCAACCAGAAAGUAUGCAGAUACACCAUUGUCAUAUGUAGCAUCAUACGGCCAUAUCAACAGCUUAGAAACGAUGCUUCCAUUGCUAGGCACUACUGAGAAACGAUUCGCCUUGCGCAUCGCCAUAAAGAACAGGCAGCCUCAGUUCGUUAAGCGCCUUCUUCAGGAGUCUGAUGUCAAUCCGAAUGAUACGACAGGAUUUGAGACGCCCAUCUUUCUGGCUGCUAGAACACGCUGUGUUGAAACAAUUGAGGUGCUGGUAAAUGCUGGUGCGGAUGCUUCUAUUGCUUGCAGGGUGGAAGCCGAUGCCUGGGACAAACAAGAAAAUGUGUUGGAACGCUCCUGGUCGACUCCCCUGAUAGAGCUCUGUGAGCGACAGUCUCAUUUCAUACGUCGGCCAUACAUCUCUCCCCACUACAUGUCGGAUCUCGACUGUUUAGACUUUGAUCGUAACUUGACGUUGCUUAUCCAAGCUGGUGCAGACGUCAACGAGAGAGAUUCUCUGGGUCGUGCUCCUAUACACUCCGCGCAGUUUUCUCACGUGUUGAGACGUCUGCUCGCAGCGGGCGCUGGUCCAAAUGCUGAGACAAAGGAUGGGAAGACCGCGCUGCACUGCCUGCCAAAGAAAGGCGACGAAGAGUACCUGAAGCUCCUGUUGCAAGAGGGGAAUGUGGACAUCAAUAAAAGAGAACACAUCAAUGGCAGGACGCCACUUCUUGCUGCCAUUUAUCAUGAUUCAGCCCUUGUUUCACAGAUGCUGAAAUUUAGCCCCAAUUGUACUGUCACUGAUUCCGAAGGAAAUGGCCCUCUCCAUUACGCAUUUUCUCGUUAUGAGAGGGUGUCUUCGCCCAGGAACUGUGGAGGUGAUGAUUGCAAGAGCGGAGACAGCACUCUGCCGUCAGUUUUAAGAAUGCUUUUAGGAGCUGGUUCGGAUCCGAAUCUGGCAAAUACUGAUGGAGAGACGCCUUUACAUAUUCUUGUCGCCAAGGGGUUCACCCACCAAGAGGAAUGUCUGCGCAUGCUACUCGAAUAUGGAGCUGAGAUCGAUGCCAAGGACAUCAGGGGCCGGACACCCUUGUUUCGGGCUGUGGGCAACUCCCCAGAGCAACCCAUGAUAACUAAUACUCUUGAUAUUAUUAUCAAGGCUUCCGCAAGUCUGAAUGUCCGCGAUAAUCACGGGCGAACCCUUCUUCACGAAGCGAUCCACAGCAUUACCGACCUUCAAUAUGCACAAAGGAGACUCACCGAGGUAUACCAAUACCUCCUUGAGGCUGGUGUUUCACCUUGUGCCGUGGACCUGCACGGCAACACUCUAUGCCACGAGCUGGUUCUCGUCCCAAAUGCAAUAAGGUUAUCAGGUAAAGGAGAGACGUUCCUUUCACUUUUUGAAAAGGCCGGGUUGGAUGUUAACAAGCCCAACUAUGCUGGCACGACACCUUUACAUCUAGCCUGCCGCAUGCGUCUGGACGGAAGCCACGGAGUCAAUUACCAUGCAAAAGAUUGUUUGAAGUGGCUCCUUAGACGAUCAGCCGAUGUCAACGCUUCAGAUACUCGAGGGUUCAGGGCCAUCCACUUUGCCGCCUCCACGAACACUUACACUGUCGACCGCUUGUUACGCGCCGGCGCAGACCCUUUCGUUGUCACAAACCAGGGCAUGAAUGCUCUGCAUAUCGCCUCGAGGUGUAAGAGAAGUAACAGUCUUGGCAUUCUACUUCAGCGCAUGCACGAGCUGAAUCCUGACGCCACGAAAGUGGCACUCGACCAGAAGGAUAUUUUCCAAUACACCCCAUUGCAUUACGCAAGUCGCUCUGGGAUCAUUGAGUCUGUGAAACUCCUAAUCGAAGCAGGAGCUGAGGUCAAUCCAACUUUUGAUGGAUUUCGAGGGACAUGCUGUCCUGAACCCUGGUUCCCUCCAAUUCUUCAGUGUGUUUUCUUUGACCGUGAGCAACGUCUCUGGACGCGCGGGCCACUCAAGAAAAUACCUCGUGAUGACGAGCUUCCCUUUUACCAGUUGAAGGAUCCCGAUACAGACAUCGCUUCUGGUUACACUGUCGAGAAUAAGGAAAGGCACUUUGAUGAGAUUGUAUCGGGGCCUCAACUUGAGUUCCUCGAUCCAGUGUAUGAGGCCUCGCGAUAUGAUGAGAUCAUCAACGCUUUGCUUGAGGCAGGGGCAGAUGUGUUUCUGGGCACACACGGUCCAAGAUCGGCUCUCUACCGUGCGAUGCUUUUCGCAUCAGAUGAAUGGCAAGAUUACAUCACGAACCUCCUCUGGAACUGUCAGGAGGAAGCUGGGCAUCUUGAACUCCCAACUCCUCUUCAUAUUGGAAUAUCAAGAAGCAAGGCUCUUCGUCAGACGGAGAUUGCGGUAUUGGGCGACUCUUUCAUACCUCGUGCAAAAGAAACAAAAUGGAAGAGAGUGGCACGAUUACUGUCGGACCGCCACUUCGCUUUGGUAGCAAACCUGUACAAAGCUGGUGCGGACUAUACUGCUAUCGAUACCGAUGGUGUGUCAAUUCUUUCGCGACUCGUCGAAUAUGGUUACUAUGAAUUAGUCAAUGACUGCUGCUCUCCAGAAGAGGCUGCCAGGUUUGACGAUCUUAAAUGGGUAAAGGAACAAGGCGCGGAAGAGCUUGAGCCUUUGCUUGUGACGGCUUGUCGGCGCUCUUCUCCCAACAUGAACGUCAUUCGUAUCUUGGUAGAGGAAAAAGGAGUCGACAUAAACGCACGAGGUCGUGACGGUCUCACUGCUCUUCAUAUUCUAGUCACUGGCAAGGAAUGGUGGCAAGUCUUUCACGCAAUGCCUUAUUUGCUUUCUAAAGGGGCAAAUAUGGAAAGUCGAGACGACAAGGGAUGUACACCGCUGCUUCAUUCUUUCACGAAAUGGGGCGCCUUCCGGACUGCGGCGAUGAAGUCGCUGAUCGACAAAGGCGCUGACGUGAACGUCGUCGAUUCUGAGGGAAACGGAUGUUUGAACAAAGCAGCACACCAAGAAGAGUUUGUUCGACUCUUAGUCAGUCAUGGAGCUGAAGUCAGUCCAACCACCAUCCUUUCUGCGAUCGAGUCCAAGCACCCAAAUAUCUUGAGCAUUCUGCUGUCUGGCGAAAAGUCUUCCUCCCUUGCAGCGUCUUGGGAGAUGACACUACAUUAUGCAAAGCAACUGGACCCUGAUACAAAUCCCCAGGAAGCCCAGAUGAUACGGAAGGGUCAUCCUCUGCUCUUGGCCAGCUCCGCGUUGGGUACGCUUCGGGGCGGAGUUGAAUUCGACCGUGAUGCUGCUGCCAAACAGAUGAUGGAAGCUCUACUAGGAGCUGGUUUCAGUCCUUAUGCCAAUUGCCUUGUCAUCGUUGAAAAGGUUCGGUUGCCAAACAGACCUUCCCUACCGAUGGCUAUGGCAACCCAUGCGUGGCACAAGAAGGAUUCUGUGGUUGAGUUUAUCUCCUAUGCCAAAAGUCCUCACAUUUUUAGACCACCCUUUAUGGCUGAGAGGGUAGUUGUCCACGAAAUCUUGAAGGGAAAACGUGUCUGUGGGUCGAUCUUAGAGUUGGCCAAUCUUGAUAUGGAGUUCCGCGAUGCGUCUGGAGCAACCCUUCUUUUGGCUACUUGCGAGCGAGUGUCAAGUAGAGGCCGUAAGGGGACCAGAGAAGACCAUUUGUCUCUACGACUCCUGCUUGACAAAGGGGCAGAUGCAUAUGCAGUGGACAAUUUCGGCAGAAACGCACUGCAUAUUAGACUCGGAUCUCGAGCUCUGAACGAUGAUAAGUUGGAAUCACUCAAGGAACUAGGGGACGCUGUACCGGCCUUGGUCAACCAGGCUGAUGCUGAUGGAUAUCGGCCACUCCAUUACGGCCUAGCUGCGCUGGCGCAUGGCGAGUUCGACCAGACUGAGCCCGACUGGCUUGACUAUAUCAUAACACAGGGUGCUGAUAUGCUUGCCACUGAUGGUCUUGGAAACAAUGCGCUCCAUUACCUUGCCCCUGGCCUCUUUGGGUGUCUCUGCUAUGACGGAAGUCACACUCGAGAUCCAUUUGAGCGGUUCUUGAAGCUGGGACUGGAUAUUAAUGCGCGCAACAAUGCUGGUCAAACACCAGCUUUCUUCCUUGCCAUGAGGGGCUAUGAUGAUGAUGACGUGGAUGAGGUGGUGAGCUGGUUGGAUGAAUUAGGAGUGGAUUGGCAGGCGAGAGACGACAAGAGGAGAACUAUUCUUCAUGAAAUGGCAGACGAGAGGGAGGAUCUGUUCAAGGCUACUAUGGACAAGGGAGUUGAUCCUUUGGCGGAGGAUGUUGAGGGGCGUUCUACUCUGGAUUUAGUGACGGCUUAUGAUAAUGAGAAUGUCUUGAGGCUGUUUGAUCGGGAUAGUAAGGAUGGCAGGGAAUGA